AUGGCGGGCAUCAAACGUAAACUUGACUCCAUCAAAGGGUCAGCUGCAGGGCCCACCGGCAGCGCAACAGGCGCAGGAGCUCCCCCAAAGACGCCCAACUCUACAGUUGGUGAUACUGCUCAUAUCCGUGUGACACGGAGUCUACGUGCAAGCCAAGAUGCGCGGGCGAACCAAACUGAUAACAACAAGAACAGCACAAACAGCGCAAUGCAUAACAAGAGUAUUAAUCAUCGCCCUUUGUCGCGUAUAAUCACGCUCAGUACCCGUGCUGCUCGAGCCAACAGCGCUGCAAGAAAUGCAUUGAACAACGCAGCAAACAAUGGUACAAAUAGCCCAUCUAAUGCUGCUCGUGAGACCCGGGCUUCUCGAACCCGGGCUGCAGCCCCUGCUGCAGUUGCGGCACCCGCACCCGCACCCGCACCAAGUCAGUUUGACGGAACAACCUUGAGUGUGCCUGAAACCCCCCGGUCUAAGAGAGUCAAACGAGGUCCGGUAGUCGAGGAAACUCCAAGAAGUACGAGACAGUCUGCUAGACUCCGGUCCCACGUCAACACGUCUUUUAAUGAGAACGCCUCCACUGAGGCAGCCAUUACCAAACAGUUUGAAGCAAGCCCCACCAAGGGGGUUACUCCUAGUAGUAGAACUAGGAAUAGAAGCAGACAAGCUGUGGAUGCUGCAUCUGACACUAUUCAAAAUAGUGUGAAUUCUAACUCAACCACCGAUAUGAGGCCACAGUCCCCGGAAGACAUAAUUCCAGAAACUGCCGAAGGAUUUAAACAAACAGAAGGCGAUCAAGAUCCGCAUGUAUCCAUGGAAUUGCCCCAAGCUGCAGGGGAAUUAUCGACGGACUCCACGCACCAGGAGGACAAUCAUGGAACGAGUGAGGAGGUUGAGGGUAUGCCUAGUCCCGCGAAGACUACCUGUUCAUCUGGUUCUCGAAAGUACAGGUCUUCGGAGCCAGAAAACAAAGGAACUACAGAGUUUACUAGUAUUCUUGAUCUUCCUCAUCAAAAUCUGAAAUUGGAGGAUGGGGAGCUCGAUCGUACGGCAGAACAGCCUUUACAGGGCAUUGUCACUACCAAAAAUGCGUCGCGCUCCCCCGACGACGAGGUGGAAGAAUCUAAAGCUGGCGAUGAAUCCCGUCAGAUUACGGAAGACAUUGAAGAAUCAACUCCAGAGCAUGCCACAGAACCCACAAUUGGGAAGGCAGUUCGUGGCGGGCGUAGUCGAGGACGAGGCCGCGGUGGGCGUAGCAGAGCUGCUGCACGCUCCGGCUCAAGCAAACGAGGUCGUGGCGGUGCUCGUGCUGCUCGUGGUGGGCGCACUGGGCGUCACUAUGAUCGAUCAAGUGAUGUCGAGCACGACCGUUCUCCUUCCCCUAGUGCAGCCACCCAAAAGCUCCGGGAUCGACAACGGGAACUGGACAAAGCAUUUAGGAAGGUUGCAGCUGCCCAACGAUUGGCGUUGGCUGUCUUAGCUUCACAGUCCCAGAAAAAGCUUUCCCGCGAUAAGAACGCCCACAAGAAUGUACCCGAGUAUGAAGAAAUUAACUCACUUCUGAAGGCGAGGCUCGAAGAGAGGUUGGAGGUUUUCCGCCAUGAAUAUGAGCUCCGAGUUGAACAAGAAAAUAGGCUUUUCGCUGCUAAUAGAGAAGCGAUCGAAGAAAGAUUUCGAGUAAGUUCGAUAUUCCAUUCGAUACUUUGCCUUUUUGGAGCUGCUGUUGAUGACAAACGAUUACAGGCCUCAGCUCGGUACAUCAAAGAGGAACAUUUCUUUGCAAGCCAAGGAGAAUAUAUGGCAUUCGUGGAAGGUCGACGUGCUGCAGAGGAUGAUGAGCACACUGAAACUGAUGGCUCUGAAACCGAGCCUGAGCGUGUUAUUCCACCAGCAAAAGAAGUCGUGAGGGGGUUCAAUUCUUCCUUCGUACGGAAUCCUGCUGGAGCCGCUUCCUACGACCGUGCUAGGUAUGGCUGGGAUGAUUUCGUCCAGCGUGCUAAGUUAGGCGAUGAUAUCGACCCGCAGAUGAAGGAGAUGAGGGAAGCCGGACCGUUUGCUGGCUUUUCUGCUCGAGAAAUCAUAGACCUCUUACUAGAGGCGACCGGUAUCGUUGAGGUGCGCCAGAAAGCUAGUGUGGAAAAUCAGCUCAACCCUGCAUUCCUUGAUACGCGCCCGACAGCCUUGUUCGCAUUGGCUGAUGUGGCAGCCGCUGAGCUCCCUCGUCCUACCUUAUCCCAAACCACACCGCGGCUUUCGGCGCACAGAGCUCUUCUCCCACAGCCUUCACAGGUGGCUCACGGGCCGACAGAUCCUCGAUCUUUUGUGCUGCCUCCCCCUACACCCCAACGGCAACAGCCCCGUCGGCUCCUCCCUGCCGGGCAGCAAAUUCCACCCAUCAGUGAGCAGCUCGGUCUCCCAGAUCCAUUCGCGAGCAGGGGUGGUCCUCCGCAGCUUCCCCCUCCUCCGGGGUCUAACUUCCAACGGCCUCCACUGCCUAAUUACUUAGCAGGUCAUCAUCCACAGACUCCGCCACCUCCAGGCCCUCGCCCUCCAUAUUAG